AUGAAUCUAUUUGUUGUUCAUUUAAAACGUCAACCUGAUUGUCCAUUCGUACACUCUAUAGUACCAACUUCAUCAUCAAAUGUACCUGCGCCUUUCUCGUCGCCAACAACUACUACUCAAAAUUCAUCUAUAUCAACUGUAGAAGAAAAUACUUCUAAACGUCAAAAGAUAGAAACAAUGAAUUUCCAAUCUGUAUCAAAUACUUUACUUGAAACUGAUUUACUUCAACAAGUCCGAAGACGUACCUUUUCUCAUUGGCCACAUCGUACUGUUCCAUCAAGUGCACAAAUGAUUGAAGCUGGAUUUUUUAACUGUAAUGUUGAUGAUCGAGUAAUAUGCAUCUAUUGUAAUCUUAUUUGUCAACAAUGGAUACCACAUACAGAUGAUCCAUGUGAAUUACAUAAAACGCUAUCACCUAAUUGUAUAUAUGUCAAAACAAGAUUGAUGCAUCCUAUAGCUUCAUCAAUAAUUAUUGUCAACGAAAGUACACCGACAACAACUACAGGCAUUCCUUCAUCGAUAUCAACUAAUCUCAGCUCAUUACGAUCUAGUGAUAUUGUAUAUAGAGCAUCGUGUAAUCCUGCUUAUUCUGAAAUACCAAAACGACAUGCAUCAUUCGCUACUUGGCCAAAUGAAGAUUUACCAUCGGUAGAUCAUUUGGUUCGAGCAGGAUUUUUCUUUACAGGUAAAGAAACCAUUGUUACUUGUUUUUAUUGUAAUGGAUCAUUACAAAAUUGGGGUUCAAAUGAUAAUCCAAUGAUUGAACAUGCUCGUUGGUUUCCAUAUUGUGCAUAUGCUAGACAAUUAUGUGGUGAAGAAUUAUAUCAUAAAAUUCAAGAAUCUAAACGAAUACAACAAGAACGUGCUAGAGCUACCGAAUUAAGAGAAAAACCAGGCUCAAAUAAUCUAGUAAAUACUAAUGUAACAGCAAAUAGUAGACGAUUAUUAAUAUCUGAUGAAAGUACUUUAUCCAGACUCGUUGCUGCACGAUUAGACUUAUCCAUAUCACAACGUUUAUUGAAUCAAAAUUUUAAAUUAUCUAUCAUUAAACGAUGUUGGGAAGAUCAAUUACGAGUAAAACAUGAUGAUUUUGUAUCCGACUGUGAUUUGUAUGCUGCUUGUUUAAUUCUUCAAAAACAAAUCGAACAUAUUGAUGGCAAAAAAGAAAUAUUAUUAUACCAAGUAUAA